UUCUUCUUCACCACCUCUCUUAUAUAAGUAAUCAUAUUUUCCCCCCAAAUUCAACCACGCCUGUACCCUUCCGCCGGAGCCUUAAUGGCCGUAGAAACAGACGCCGGACCUUCUCCAGAACUCGCCGUCCUCACCGACACACAGAUCAAUUGGGAAAGGUUAAACAAGACAAGGUUUCAUGUUAUUGGUGCUAUCCUUUUCACUGUUCAGCAAGCUUUAAUACAUCCAAUGUCAGUUAUAAAGACUAGAAUACAAGUAGAUGGGUUGGGAUUAUCUCAAAUGAGUGGAACAUAUGUAUUCAGACAUAUUCUGAAAACAGAUGGCAUCAGUGGAUUUUUCAGAGGGUUUGGAACUUCAGCUGUUGGAUCGAUGCCUGGUCGAGUCCUGGCUUUGACUUCGUUAGAAGUAUCUAAAGAUAUGAUGCUGAAACAUACUGAGGGUUUAGAUAUGCCUGAAGCUUCGAGGAUAGGUAUUGCAAAUGGAGUGGCGGGUAUGGUGUCGAACCUAGUUUCUUGCAUAUACUUUGUGCCUCUUGAUGUGAUAUGCCAGAGACUAAUGGUACAAGGGCUUCCAGGAACUACACAAUGCAAAGGACCAUCUGAUGUUUUACAGAAAGUGAUGAAAACAGAAGGAUUUCGCGGGCUGUAUAGAGGAUUCGGGCUAACAGCUUUAACACAAUCUCCUGCUUCUGCACUAUGGUGGGGUGCCUAUGGUGCUGCCCAACACAUGAUCUGGAGGGGCUUGGGCUAUAAAGAUGAUGAUGGAGAUAAAAGACCAUCACAUAUGGAGAUGGUCACAGUACAAGCUGGAGCAGGAAUGAUAGCUGGUGCUUGUUCUUCAGUCAUUACCACACCCAUCGAUACUGUCAAAACACGACUUCAGGUUAUGGAUGGUUAUUGUGUUGGGAGGCCAUCGGUGAUGAAGACGGCCAAGGGACUUAUUAAGGAAGAUGGAUGGUGGGGAUUCUAUAGAGGGUUUGGACCUCGGUUCUUGAAUAUGUCGCUAUAUGGAACAACUAUGAUCGUCACUUAUGAACUAAUAAAGAGGUUGUCUGUGAAGAACAACUAGAUUUGAACCAAAUGAAGAGCAAGAAUGGAGUGAAGAAUGGUCUUUAACUGAGCUUUCAAAACGUGUAGUGUAUAAUUCUGGGAAUGCCCCAAACUAAUUAUAUUGAAAUGGUUUUAUCCUUUCAAUUUAAAAAAAUUCUACAAAGUGUUAGUUUUUUGUUUGAUCAAACAAUCAC